UACUUACCCUCGAUGGUGGUGGAGUGAAGUCGUGGUCAAGUCUCUUGAUCAUUGAGGCACUCAUGAAAGAAGUCAUCGCUUUUGAGAACCGGUUCGAGCGGCAGUUCACGCACUAUCCCAGAAGCUUCGAAGCUUCAAAUUUCCGUCCAUGCCAUUACUUCCACAAGAUGUAUGGCACAUCGACGGGAGGGUAAGUACUGCCUAUGGAAUACACAAUUAGCGCAAGCUUUUGUUUCAUCCUACAGCUGUCCUUGAAUAGCAAAAUAUGCUCACAGAUAUUCGCAGGACAUUAACUAUUGCCCUAAGUCGUCUCCGGAUGACCGUAGGAGAAACGAGAAUCGCUUUAGAAGCUAUUUUACACGCCAUGUAUGCAAAUCCUCGGAAAUUGGCACCUCUUGCUAUCAGAUAUCGUGCUUCAGAUCUUGAGGCUACUCUAAGAUCAAUGAUUCGACAGCACUGUAAACAGCACGAACGAGGUCUGUGCGAUCAUGACGAACAUUUCAAGUGGCGCUCAACAGGGCUGAAUAUUCACGGAGAUCACGGAGAUGACUCGGACGAUUCAGACAUUUCGCAAGGUCGUCCCCCCCGGGAGUCCAAGAUCAUUGCUUCUGGGCUUCAAACUCCAGAAUAUCAGCUUUGCCAAACGAUAUGCCUGACAUCGCUCUACUCAGGGCGAUUGGACGAGACAUAUCUCUUGCGCACGUACAGUCAUUACUACAAUCCUGACACGCUUCCGCCAUGGGUUCUCACCUACAACGAAGAUACUCCUGACUUGCGCACGUGGCAGGUCGGUCGGGCAACCACUGCUGCACCCUUCUUCUUCAAGCCACUGGAGGUGAUGAGCCCUAAUGGUAGCUUGACCUUUAAAGAUGGUGGCAUACGGGAGAACAACCCCAGCUUUUGUGCUUAUUCUGAAGCCGCCUCGAUCUGGGGCGACGACAGUGAGCCCGCUCUUCUAUUAUCCAUCGGUGCUGGCCAAACUAGUUCAAACUCCGAUGACACAGCUCUCGCGGCGAUAAUUCCGUUCGGUCUGUCUACCCUAAGAAAAUUCGCGAAAAGAACAGCCGUGCUCAAAAAUACUCUCAUCAAAUAUACGGAAGGCCAAAGUCGACACAGAACGAUGCGAACUAUCGCCAAGGGUGAAAAUAGAUGGUACAAACGCUUCGAAGUCACCCACGGCUUAGAAAAGAUGAGAGCCGAUGAAUGGGAACAUGUCAUAGUUCCCGGGAAGGGCGAAGAUGGAACCUUGCACUUCAAAGAUAGCAGAACGCUGGAAACGAUACGCACCGCCACCGAAGUAUAUCUGAAUCGCCAGGAGGCUGAUAAGAGUGUCAAUGAAUAUACCGCCCCACGUGAGAAGCUGAAGCAGACCGCGGAGAAGUUGGUUCGCAUGCGGAGGGCCCGAGAGCUCGAGGCCAUGACUCAAGGCGGAGAAAAGCGCAAACAUUGGGAAGCGUUCAUGGGCAAGCACCUUCCUGGUGAGCGUGAGUUCUUCCGAAAGUACCAAGAAGAGUGGGACUACGCCCUGCUAGGUCGUAAGCAUUAGAUCAGAACUGCGUAAAUCGGGCGGGACGUGUACAGGGAUCUAGCAUUCGGAACUGUAGCCCUAGCGCUUCCACGAACACUGACUAGUUACGCCCCAUCCAAUCUUCGCCAGAAGCGAACUUGUGAUCACAUGUCCUCGUAUCGAGAAUGGUUGUAAGAAAUUAGUGGACGUUAUGGUAUGCGAUGUGACGUCCCAAAGCACAUGCUCACAACU